UUUGUGCGCUGGCUUGUAAGCAGGGCAGUGUCUAGAGGUUUCAUUCAAAAACAUUUCUAUAUAGAUCGACUCUUGAUAUACUUAACUACAAAAUCGGGUUUAAAAUAAGGAAACAUGGUUCGAAGUAGAAGUAGGACGCCGCCCAGACGAGAAAGACGCCGCUCGCGCUCGUCUUCGAGGGACCGCGAGCGUCGGCGUCGCGAACGGGACCGUUCACGGUCUCGAGACCGGGACAGACGCAGGAGUCGCUCGAGGUCCCCGCACAGACGGCGGUCCAGGUCUCCACGCCGACAUCGUUCUUCCUCGUUGUCUCCAUCACGGCAGAAGGACAGGAGAGAAGAGGACAGGAAGGACAUGAAGGAGAAACCUGUGAAGGUGCAUCAGAUAUCAGCUGAAGACAUGCAAGGUAAAACUGAGGAGGAGAUUGAGAUGAUGAAGAUGAUGGGCUUUGGGUCUUUCGAUAGCACAAAGGGUAAAAAGUUGGACGGUUCUGUCAAUGCCCAUGCCGUGAAUGUGACUCAGAAGAGGAAAUACAGGCAAUAUAUGAACAGAAAAGGGGGGUUUAACAGACCUCUGGACUUCAUUGCUUGAUAAAGGAGAACUGGGAAAUGUCCUUAAGGUUUUGAUGACUUCAGUUUUAUUUUGCUCAUUAUAACUUUGUUUUGCUCCAUGUGGUUAUAAAUUUGUACCUGUAAGUUGUUUUAUUUUUUGAUAAUGUGUGUGAAUUUAUUACAGAAACUGUUUAGCUUUUGAUAACCAGUUGUCUUUGUUACAAAUGUGAAAGGACUCUGACUCUGGUAAUUUGAUGCUGUGGAUGGGAUCGUGUACAUCACCUUUUAGCUCUAAUUAAAUGUUCCUAUCAACUCA